AUGUCAUCUCAAUGUUGUCCAGUGGGGUUCCAGGUCAGAGUAGGUCCUCAGUACCCCUUGAUUGUCGUAGAAGAAAAUAUUGCCAUCAACAAAACGGCAUGGCAACUGCGUCAAUUUCACCAAGGUAACGACUUAUUCAAUGCAAGUAAUGCAGUGGAUGGACUGAAAUCUAACCUCAGCGCCUGGGGAGGACAGUGUGUCGCAUCGGCUAAUAAUCAACAGACAGCCACAUGGAGAGUGGACCUACAGAACAUCCUCAGUAUACGUCACAUUAUCGUUUAUUACAGGACGGACAAUGCUGCAUGGGGUCCAACAAAUGAUUACUCCGGUAGAUUUGUGGGGUUUUCAUUAUACGCAUCAAACACAACCGACAGAAGAGAAGGUCACCUGUGUGUUCCUGACACAAACUAUACAAGAGACACCAUACCCGCCGUCGUUAAUGUCACGUGUCCAGUUCACGGACGAUACGUUAUCUAUUACAACGAAAGACUACAAGGAGUGACCUACCCUGAUGGUUAUAGUACCCACGCAUUCAAUGAACUCUGUGAAGUAGAGGUUUAUGGCUGUCCUGUACCCGGUUACUACGGACCUGACUGUUCGACCCCUUGUUCUGACACCUGUCGCCACUGUCACAUCGAGACUGGAGCAUGUCAGGGAUGUAAACCUGGAUACCAGGGGCAUCAGUGUGAAUCACAAUGUGACGGGAAAAAAUAUGGACUUGGCUGUAUACAUGACUGUGGGUCCUGUCUGGAUAAUAAACAAUGUCACAAAAUAAACGGAUCAUGUCUUCAAGGAUGUGACGCCGGAUUUCAAGGAGAGCUUUGUAAAACUAAAUGUUUUCCUGGCAAAUUCGGAAAGAACUGUGAGCAAAAUUGUUCUGAUAAUUGUGAGAACGAUCCCAAAACUUGUAACGGAACAACGGGAGAAUGCACGGUUGGGUGUCGCCCGGGCUAUGAUGGGCUAAGAUGUGACAGGGAGUGUGCUGAUAACCAGUACGGACAAGACUGUAAUCAGACGUGCGAAAAAUGUAAAGAGGGCAAGCCGUGUCAUCACGUCAGCGGUUCCUGUAAUGGCGAAUGUGAACCUGGAUACCGGGGCAACAAAUGUGAUGAGGUCUGCGAGUUUGGGCAUUUUGGUGCAAGUUGUAAAGCGGAAUGUAGCGUAUUCUGUCAGACAUCACGUGAUUGUAACCAUGUGACGGGCUAUUGUACCUCUGGUUGCAAAACUGCAUGGCGUGGAAACGAUUGUUUAGAAGUCGAUACUCAACAACAGGACACGGAUUCCGACAGAAACUGUGAGACCAGAUUCUAUGGUGUCUUAUCUGCAUUUUGCGUUAUACUGGUUCUAAAUGGGGUGUAUGCUCUUUACAGAAUCAUGAAAUGGAACAAGAAGAGAUUGGAUAAAGAUAAGAAAUACCGUGCGAGUGACUCCACCAUUUGCACCAAAGACACAGUUUUACAAGUCCGUAAAGACGAGAACGUCAACAGUGGAUAUCAAGAGCUUGGAGAAUUGAGUACAUCGUCAACCUAUGACACCAUUCGCUAGAGGGAUAUAGUGUUUACAUAUAAUUUUGCUACGACAUCGCUGUCAACAUCUUUUGUACCUCGAUACCAUAAUGUUGCAGUGUUGAGCACCUCAGAUAUAGCAAUUUUUCUACACAAACACACACUUUCUAAAAAGAAAAGUAUGGAUAAAUAGUUGUUACCCUGGUCCAACCGCUUUUCGGUUUGUCCGUUUGCCAUACGUCCUUUUUCUUCCAACCUCUGUUUUGUUUUAAACAGUAACCAAUUUUGUUUAGAUAUGAUAGGUUAUGCCUUAUAUAUGUGCAAGAAUAUUUCGAUCCUUUUAUUUUCAUCAUGGGGACCAAAUGGAGUUUGAACAUUUACGAAAACUAGGUUCCCGGAAUUACAUUUUACGUAGUAGGCAAAUUAUCCUUUGAAAGAUGGUUGGUUGGUUGGUUGAUUGAUUGAUUGCGGUUUUAUGCGGUUUGGGCAAUAUUCCAGCCAUUUCAUGACAGUAUAAAGAUAAUUGGUGAUGUUCUGUAGAUUUCCAAUAGAGGUAAGACUAAGAUUAUUUCUUUCGACAAUAAAAGCCCUGGUUCCCAGAAUUACUUUUACAUUUUACUUAGUAACAAAAUCAUCAUGUUGGAAGGUAGUUGGUGGUGUCCUAUAUAUGUGCAUUUAUGUUUCAGAAAUUUUAUUAUCACACGGAUGCGGGGGGUGAUUUGGGGGUUAAAGAACACAUUUUUUUUUCUACAGAUAAACCUGGUUUCCAAAACUCCUCUUACAAUUUAUGCAGUAACCGAAUCACCGUUUGGGAGAUGAUUGAUAGUGUCCUUUAGAAUUACAGUAUGAUUUCUUAAUCUAGGAACAGAUGAGGUGGAAAAACAAGGACAAAAAUCUGGUGCUCAGUGAAUUGUGCCUCAUGGAACACGAGAAUACAUGCAUUUGAUAUAUGGGUGAAAAGGUAUCUGAACAAUUUCAACAAUAUAGGGGUUGGGAUGACCCCGGAGCACCUGCUCGUAUCAGGAUACUCAGUGUAUCUUGAUAUGUACAUGCAUAUAUAGUUUAAAAGUCAGCACCUCACGUUUUAAACACAAUUCAACUACAGUAUUAUCAAAUAGGGUUUGGGAUGACCCCAGUACUUAAUGCAUCUUGACAUACGGAGCACGGAUUUUUAUGGUAAAGAGUGUACUUACUUGCGUGAGGGUAUUGCUGUCUUCUGAUAACAUUAUAUUCUUUUAUUUGAGUUGUUAACAUUCUUUUUGAUUUAUCACUCAUCGUGUAUGUUUAAAAAUCGAUUUGAAUUCAGUAGCCGGCCUCGAUUUUCAAUAAAAACAGAAAACAUUUUUCAGACCAGAAUACUUGAU